GAUCCCGGUGCAUCCACGAGCCAAGCGCUCCUCCGGCGCUCAGUUCACAAGCCAGUGAACCAGUGAGACAGCAAACGGAGAUUACCGGAGCUUUUACAUGUGGAUACGGUGCACGGACACACGGGCUCCAGGUAUAGAAGGAGAAGGACAGGACCUCUGUCUAUCAAACUCUGAAGUGCCCCGGUGCCAGCUGUAUAGGUCAACCCAACCGUAACGCCACAGGACAAUAGGAGCCCAACCCAAAGACGGCUAUCAAAAAGCAAAUAAUCAAGCUCAUUAGCUCUCUUACCCAAAGACGACCUUCUCUGAAAAGAUCAACAGAAGAAAGGAACUAAACAAGGAGGGAAAAAAGGCACUGGCAGCUAUUUCUGAUGCUCUGUGGUGAAGAGAACAUCUCAUUUGGGAUUUAAGGAUUGCGGAAAAAGGAUUUCCCCAUGCCCUGCCCGUUUAUCCCAAUGCCUGUAUAAAUAUUGCAUGGAGAUAUCGAAUCGUCCCUUUUCCAAAAGCGCCCAGUAAAGAGACUAAUUAUAGCAAAUCCUAACAGCCAGUCUGUUGCUUAAACCUCUCAGAUUCUCAGAAUGCCUAAAAAUCUAUAUUCAUAGGGGUCCUAUAAUUGGAUCCCUAAAAUUCAGAGACACGUCAGAUCUUGAAGAAGCAUCAAACCAGUGGUUUCAUCUCCAGAGAGUUUCCUUGUCUUUUUUGGGGCAAGGCAGCUGCUUUGUCCUUUCUAUUUGGAUGCAUUUUUCCAGAACUCCAAAAUGAAGCCCUUAACUCCCAUUGGUUCACCUUCUCCGCUGCGGCUCCUAAACAAGGGGCCCGAUUACCUGCGUAGGCAGAUGGAUGCCGGAAGCAGGGGUCGUUCCGUCAGUGCCGUAGAGCGACUGGAAGCCGACAAGGCAAAGUACGUCAAGAGUCAACAGGUCAUCAACACAAAGCAGGAGCCCGUGUUAGUUCCCUGUGCGACCCCUCCACCGGUGCCCCGUCGCAAUUUCACAGUGUCCACUCCUUCAACGCCCAUUCUCCCGCCUCGAAAUCAAACGCUGCCUUUCUCUGCACCGCUGUUCUCACGGGAUGAAAAUGAGGACGACUGCAGGAAAGAGAACUGUCAGAACGAAACCGAUGUGGAAACCAAGAAUCGCAACAAUGCAACCAAGCCUCCCGUACCUUCUCCAAGAACUCCAACCAUUGCUCCAUUAGUUGCUCCGCAUAGUGCGCCAAUAAUGCGCAGGAGCAACGGCAAGCGCAUGCUGCGUCCAGACUCCCUGGUUAUUUACAGACAAAAGAAAGAGUGCAAGAGUCCCAGCGGAGGUGGAGAAAAUGGCAACGGCAACUUAGAGGUCAAGGGAUACAGCUUCGUACGACGGCUCUUCCAGGGAUCCAUGCGUGAAAAGAGCGGUGGGAAUGAGGCUCAAAAAAUGGUGAUAAAUGAGGAGAAGGCUUCUUCCUCUCGAGACGGGGAUUCGCGAAUGUCUUGGUCCAAUGAUAAAGACACUGUCGAUGGAGGGAAUGAGACCAGACGAUCGAGCAAAUCCGAGCGAGAGCACUCAAUGCCCGAGACGCAAAACGACAACACUGGUUUUCAGGAGAAGCAUUCGAAGAACUGCACGAUCAACAGUUUACAAAACGGCACGCGGAACACCAACAAUAACGACAUGGACCCAUGGAAGCCAGUCGUUCCUUGGAUGCCAUCCAAUUUGAAACGCUCCAAGUCAGAAUUGCGACUACGCUGUUCGCUUGCCAUGUCUGAGCAGGAACGCUUCUUCGACUACUGUGGAUUGGACCUGGAUAUGGUGGAAAGGCUCGGACCGGAGAAUUUUCUAAAUGGGGCGAGUUCAGUCGACACGCUCUCGCUGCUACUGAGGAGCGUCAAAGGCGGCGGCUCGGAGCCCAGUGAGUUUUCCCGACACUCCGGUGAAGGGCUUUUCCAGGAGGAGCUUGCCGAGCAGAUCCCUACAGGUGUGUCCAUUAUCGAGAGAAAUGCACGGGUCAUAAAGUGGCUCUACGGUUGCAGGAACGCAGCCCAGGAGGGUCCUAAAGAGUCUACUGUUUGAUUAUCACGGUAACUAAACCCGAGACUUUCUGGAGCCUUGUUCCAAUCUGGAAAACUAUGCUGUAUUUAUUUCACAUGAGACAUUGUAUUUAAGAGAUUUGUUUGGCUUUUCACAGCCAGUACGAGAACAUUCAUGGUAUUUUGUGUAAGUCACAUAUGAAGCUGCAAACCGACACUUCCUUUCAUGACCUACACUGUGGCUUUGUCGAAAUCGCCCCCUAUACUCUCAUUCACUAUUCCCAAGAUUAGUUUACUAGCAUAGUCCACUCGAAGGAGUGGAUGAAAACAAAUGAGUGAAUUUGGACACUGAAUGUGGCUGUGGACUCGGAAAUUCAUUUGCCUCAUUUCUCACAUUGCAUGGCUAUUCUGUAUUAUUACGGUGCAUUAUGGGACUGAAUAAUGUCCACUACGGUUUCAGACCAGUGCACUAUAGAGUGUAGGGGGGCGAUUAUGAUGUAUAUUUAGCGAUGUCACCUCCUGUUCUCUGUAAAUAUAAAGAGUCAUGAGUCCGUCCUGUUACUUCUGUUCAGAAACGAGUGUUAUUUGUUGAGCGUAACUUAAAGAACGUGUCAUCCGAUGAAUAAUUUAACAUUGAAAACCACUAAGCUUUUUCUCUGGGGCUGGGAAACCGAUGCAUGAGUGUUAAAUGAACCAUGUGUACCUCAUUUCCCAACUGUCCCAGUUUAGUUUGUGUGUUGCCUUUUUUCCUUAAACGCAGGCGUUGGAACAAACACACAGAGGACCCCUGUGGGGAUAUAAAUGCACUGAAUUGGAGAAAGAGGCGGAGUGAGAGCUGUAUGUACUGCUAUGAAACGUAUUUUUAACACUGAGUGUAUGCAAAGAAAAAUGCAGGGCCUUAAAAACAACCUGAUUUUGAGUUUCAUUAACUUAUGCCAAAGAAAUGUGCUGCGUACUGAUGUACAAUAUGUUCCAAACCCUAUCGAGCCGCCUUGAGAGAAUGACGUUCACAGAGUUUGAUAUUAGCAUGUUUCUAAGCUAAUAACUUGGGAAAUAUUGGGUGAACAGCAUGUUUUUAUUAAUAUUGUUGGGAAGGUUACUUUGGAAAUGUAAUAAGUUACAGAUUACAAUUUACCCUAUGUAAAAUGUAGUGUAACAAUUACUUUAUUAAUGUUACUGAUUACAUUUGAUUACUUUUUGAGUACUAAAUUUCUAAUGAAUAUUUUCUACUGUUAAUCAUUCUGAAACAUUUAAAGAAGGCAGGGUUAACCUUAUAGUACUCAACACUGAUUACUGUCAGACUGUCAAAAUCCUUCUUCACUAGAAUUAAUUUAAUUUUAAAGUACAGCCACCACAAAAUAACUUCAGAUCACUCUGAGGUUAAAUACAGAUUUAAAAUCAUAACAAGAAUCCAUUUAAUAGCUAUGAAACUGUUUUUGAAAUCAAAUCUUUGCAUGACAGGAGACACUAGAAUCUAACAACGUCUUGUAAAAACAUAAAUAAAGCACACACAUAAACCCAAAUAGGAAAUAAAACAGUUAUCAAAUAAGCAUGUGUCCUAAACUCCUGAAGCAUUUGGUGUCUCAUAUUUUAGAGCAGUCAAUGCAUUUUAAGAAUUCAAUCAAAUCUGUAUGUGUGUGUGAAAAUAUUCAUAUGUAACCUGCUUUGUAAUCGUUACCAUUUUCAUAAGUAACUAUAAUUGAAUUACACAUUUUUUCUCAGUAACUGUAACAGGCUACAUUUCUUUUGUAAUUAAAUUACGUAAUUUCUUUACAUGUAACUAGUAACUCCCCAACAUUGAAUAUAGUUAUAUUUUUAUCCAUCUUUGAUAUUUUUUCCCUGUGCAUUUUAGAAUUGCCUUUUUUGGAAAGCAUGCAUGACGUGCAAAUUUGAUUUUGCCAAAACUCUAUUGUACAAGGCAUUGUAAUUUUGCUCUAAACAGCUAAUAUUCAUUUCUGAAGGGGACCAAAGAUAAAAUUUUAAGAAUCAUAGAUAAACCAGCUGCUCACUAGGGUUUGGAACAACUAUUAAUUUACCCAAACUGUAUUUUACCAAUACCUACAACAUGCAAAUUGCAAAUUGCUCAAUUUCAUUACCACAUUUGUGAAACUGCAUCUAUGGGUGUUUACUUUGAUUACUGUGAUGAUAAAUUAUGUUUUUUGGAUAAUUUGUCCACAACACAAAUGACAGUUCCUGUGCCGAAGCAUUCUUCAGUACGCACUUGAUCAUGCUGUUUCUGUGUUUAACUCACAAAAGUACAGCGUUUAGCAAAGUAGAGGAAGACGUAACAGUGAGAGACCUGCCGGGCGAACACACACUCCCAGUGUGGGAGACGCUGAUGUGUUUUCAUACUGAAAGAGACCUUUGAAAGCUCCUCCCAUCUGAACGCAUCAAUCAGACACUGUUUCUCCUUUGUCGUAAUGAAUCGCCCCGGUCAGAGGCAUUAAUCAGGCUCUAUAAUACCACUGAUAAAUGAAGCAAAGGUCCGCUGUGGCAUGCACAGGUCAGACUGCGGCCUGCAGAGAAAGAACUGUGAUCUUUCCUUUCAAACGCUUCAUCCCCAACGUCCAAGAUGCAUACAGUCUUCCAGAGCACCCGAAAUCUCUCUCUUGCAUGUUUACAGUCUAUCUGUAUAUGUUUCUAUAAAGAAGAAUUUAGAUUUCAACCCAAAGAGAAAUAUUACAGAGAAAGUCCUAAUAAAAUCCUA